AUGGGCUCCGAGACCAUUGCAGUCACUAAGAGGGGGGAUAUGCAACGUGGUCGAAAGUCGCGAUUUGGUUGUCGCAACUGCAAGCUGAGGAAAGUGAAGUGUGAUGAAUCGAGGCCAUGUUGUGUCAAGUGCCAGAUUUACGGCGUCGUAUGCAACUUCGGGUUCAACGUACCAGAUUUCCAGUCACUUCCCGAGGAACAAAUUAAGAAAAACAUGCCAAAGCAAUUUACUAUUCCGUCACCACAGUCGUCUAUGGGUAACUGCAUAUGGGUGGCCGAUGAGACUGCUUUCUACAUGCUCAAUGCACAUGACCAAGACCUUUUCAAUCGUUUCCAGUGCAGAACCUUACACUCUCUUGGCGGGCCAGAAACAGUAGAGAUACACAACAAGCACAUGUUGGCAUUGUCCUUCAAACGUCCAUUUUUAUUACAUGGCAUGUUGGCCGUGACGGCUGUCCAUGAUCGCUACCUUGGAGUAACGCCAAUUCAUCGUCGAUCGUUUUGUGAAACAUAUCAUUGGUCUCAAUGCACUUCAUUGUUCAAAAAGUCGCUGGGCCAGCCUAUCAAAGAAGAGCACAAGGAUCCUAUCUGGGCCGCAGCAAGCACGCUUGGCAUCCUAGGCUUCGCGUCUAUUAAUGCAUGUCCUUUAGAGGAAACUUGGCCUCUUGGACCACCAGACUCUUCUGACCUUGAGUGGCUAGGUCUUGCAGCUGGCAAGAUGAGGCUAUGGCAAUUAGUAGACCCUCUACGAGAAACAAGCAUCUUUACGCCAAUGGCUGAUAUGUUUGCUUCGAUGCAUCAAUCCUUGCCCAUCGAAGGCAUCAAUGGUGUACUAGCGGAGCUAAAGCAGCUUUGCAUGCUUGACGAAACCUCUACGGCAUAUAACAAUCCUUACUUUAGGGUUGCACAUGGCUUGUCUGAACUGCUAGCAGUACCUGUUGGUCAGGCUACACUCGGCAAAGCUAUGAAGUUCUCAACCAAGAUAAGGGGCGAAUUUAAAUUUUUACUUGAGCAGAAAGAUCCGGUAGCCCUUACGCUGUUGUACCUGUGGUAUACUAGGGCACGUGAAUGUAGGUGGUGGAUAGAUAUUCGUGCCAGGUAUGAGAUGCCUGCUAUUUGCACUUAUUUACAGCGGUAUUAUCAAGACUGGGGACUUGUUCAAAAGCUUGUAUCUGAGGUGGAUAAAUGA